AUGAGCCUUCCUCGCUUUCGACUCGUUCAGGGAAAGGCGCUGGGCGAACGUUCAGGUCCACCGCCACCGCUGCAACAACAACCACCACCACCUCAACAAAUCCAUCAGCAACAACAACCUGUAAAUAAUAUGCCACCAGAAUCAAUGCCACAAGUGAAAGUUGAGGUGGACCUGAUGCAAGAUAUACCAUCACAGCAGGAGCCGCAGCAGCAUGUGAUGCACCAAAUAAAGCAGGAAGAUCCGAUCUCGCCACCCAGGAAUCAGAUGAUGGGGGCAUCGCAACCACCACCACAAAUGAUGCAGCAACGCGGACCAACACCUCAACAGAUGUCUCACUUCGUCCAACAACCUCAACAUCCUCAGAUAAUGAAUCAGCCACCAAUUCCACCUCAGAAUUCAGCGAAUCAGCCUCAAAACCCGAAUUCUGAGGAUAAAAAUGUGCAAAAGUGUGUGCGAUUCUUGAAAACGUUGAUUAGUCUAUCCCAAAAUGAGGACCCCGAGAUGCCGGAUAAAGCGUUGAGAGUCAGCAAUUUGAUUCAGGGCGUUAUCUACAUGGAAACAACAGCUGAGCAGUUCACACGUGAUCUUCAAGAAGUCCUCAGAUCACAAGCACAACCACAUCUUCUUCCUUUCCUUCAGAAUACGUUGCCAGCACUCAGGAAUGCUGUUCGAAAUGGAACCGCCAGUGUAGAAGGCGUCAAUCCACCACCCGGCUACGUCUUCAACAACGGACGUCAUCCACAGAAUGCUCCACCAACAGCUCAAGCACCUCCACAACAACAGCAGCAACCCCAGCAUAUGACUCCACAAGCGCCACCACACGAUAUGAGAGGUCCGCCAAUGAAUCCACCAAUGAAUCAAGGAGUUCCAAUAAGUCAAGCGGGGCCACAAGGAGGUCCAGGAGGUCCAGGACCACAACAAAUGAUGAAUCGAAUGAAUGUGGAUAACGGUACUCCACAAGGAAGACCUAAUUUCCAGCAAAGACCACCUGGACCACCGCUCCAAUCUACUCCAGUAGUCCGUACGAUAUCUGGAGGACCAAUAGGACAUCCACAAGGACCAGGACCACAUCAGCAACCACCUCAUCCACAGAUGCCGCCUUCCCAACCACCAAGAACUCCACAAUCCGUCUCUUCCCAGGGACCACAGCCUAUGGAAGUUGAUGGAUCUCCAGCUCCACCUCCCCCACGACGUCAAUAUCCAGAAGGCUCGUUGAAAUCUGCGAUUCUGAAGCACGAUGAGAUUCUGAAUAGAAUUACGAAACGAAUGAUGGCACCGUGCCAAGUGGAGGAGGACGCGUUGAUUGCGAUUUCCGAUGCGGUCGAGUCGCAUUUAAGAGAGAUGAUAGCGAUGAUGGCCGGGUUUGCGGAGCAUCGAGUCGAGUCGCAAAGAAUUCCCGAGAACUACGUCCCUGUGGAUGACGUCAAACGACAACUGAAAUUCCUCGAGGAGCUCGAUCGUCAGGAAGAGGAGAUGCGUGAGAAUCGAGAAAAGGAUGCGCUGAUUCGAGCCAGUAAAAAUAAGAAUAUCGGAAAGGAGACGAUUGAAAAGGCGAAAGAAAUGCAGAGACAGGACGCCGAGGCGAAAAGGAAUCGAGAUGCGAACGCGGCGGCGAUUGCAGCAUUGUCCAGUAGUCGGCCAACGAAGAAGUGGGAAGGCGCCGCUAGCACGUCGACCGCUCCACGCCCACGUACUGUUCGUGUCACCGCUCGUGAUCUUCAAAUGUUGGUCAAUCAGGAUAAUCGAUUUACGGGAACAUUCAUCCGCGAGAAGCUCUCCUACGGUGGACCAACGAUCGACCCGACAAUCUAA